GAGGGAAGGAAGAUGGGAAGAAGAGAAGGGGCAGGGAAGGAUGAAGGUAAGGGAGGGUGUUUUUGAGGGAGGGAGGGAAAUGGGAGGGAGGGAAAAAGGUUGGUAGGCGGGCAGGGAAGGGAAGGUAAAGUAACCUUAGGUAGGCAAGUAGGUUGGGAAGGUGGGAGGAAAGAUGGAAGUGAAGUCCAAGACUAAAACAUUGUGUGUUGGAAUCAAAAUAUUUUUCUUCAUUAGCAACCAAUCAAGAAACCCGUUCUCAAUACACGUGACAAACAACUUAAAAAGGAAGCACUUGAAAUGUUUAAAUGUAUCCUUUACAUCUACAAAAAACCAGGUUAAAAUACUGACAUUUAAACAAUAUUUAGGUCAAAAUCUAAAUAAGAUGCGUUUUUGCAGGCACAUUUUGAAUUUUGCUCGCAGGCACGAAAAAAUAUUAAUGAGGCCUGAAAAUAACCAUCGUUAUUGAAGCACAAAAUAACUAUUACUCGAACCUCGAUCACAAAGAUGAAAAAUACUUGCAUCAUACACCCCAUAUUUAUGUAAAGCUAGAGUUGAGCGAUAUUUAAAAAAUCAUAUCAUGAUUAUUCGAUAAUUUUCGAAAUUAUUACAAUAUUCAAUAUUAGUAUUUUUGCACAAGUGAACAUAACAAAUCCUAUACGUUGAUUGGUCAAAUUUGACGUAUUAAGCUGUUAUUUUCACCUACAGGUGAAUAUAACAAAACCGAAAUUUUCAAAAUGGCGGCCAAGCCGUUUUGUGGACGUUAAUACUCAUAAAGAAAUAAGCGAAAUUAAAAUAAAUUUAGUCCCAAAAACACAAAAGACUUGUGUAAAAAUACUAAAACAAUUAUUCGCCUCAGGCUCGACUUCGUCUCGGCGAAUAUUCCCCGAUAAUCACCUCGCCUUCGGCGAAUAAUUGUUAAAUGUGGUUAAAUAUAUUUAAGCAAGGUUAACGGCGGAUGUAUUAUGCAGGCUACAUCCGCUGAGGGGAGUCCGUGACGUCAUAUCGAUCAAAGGGGGUUGUUUUGCGCCUUGUGAUCAUUGCUUUGGUCUGGGUAUUCAUUCUGCCAUUGUAUGCUUUGCCUAGUUACAGCGAGUCUAGCGCCUCGUUACUUUUUCCCCACCUACCCACUCAUGAUAUUCUAGAGGAUUUAUCUGGUAGUCUGUCGGUAUUUUCGGGGGGUUGUUUCGUUGUUUAUAGUUUUUAACCUCACAUUAAAUAGGAUGUAUAGACCACUAUACAUUGUAUUUCGUUUCCACUGACUUGUCAGUGUGACUGAUGCCGGAGGUAUGCCUUGGCAGAAUUGUCAUGGCUAUCUCUUUUUGCUGCUAAUAUUACUGAUUGUUGCUCUCAUUGUUGCUGCGCAGCUGCUAUGGCAAUACUUCUUGCCAUCAAGGCUAGUUGCGGCCUUGGACCACAAACGGCACCUACCUCCAAACACUAAUACUCUGCCGUUAAAUAUCGAUAUAUGGAAAUGUCGCCGUGUAAAGCCUAUUAUCCUUGACGUAAGAAUUUCAGUUUUAUUGGUGUACAUGGGUGACAAAAAAGGCAAUAAAGACCCAGACGUGGCGUUGUGGGAAAUUGUCACCAAAGCUUGGGCUAACCAGCCACUUCGAGAUGAACUGUACUUUCAACUUAUCAAACAGACCACUGAUAACUGUUGUUCGUAAGUAUGGACAAAACAAAUCAAUAGAACUUGUCAAGGAAGUGUUGCUUGUCAAGUCAGACGAGGGAUACUUCCUUAGUUCCUUGACAAGUUUUCUUUACAAGUUAGACUCUCUAAUUACUUUUUUUAUGACAUCGUUAUUAUUGUGUUUGUGAUGUUACUCUGAGUGUGCAUCCACAUCGGGCAAGCUGAAAAGUUUGUCUAACCAUGGUGGGAAUCGAACCCGCGACCUUUGGGAUACUAGUCCAAUGCUCUGCCAACUGAGCUACGAGGUCAAGUCGGUUCGAGUUGGUGAUAUUUCGGAACUGAGUCUAGUUAAAGUCAACCGACUUGACCUCGUUGCUCAGUUGGUAGAGCAUUGGAGUGGUAUCCCAAAGAUCGCCGGUUCGAUUCCCACCAUGGUCAGGCAAACGUUUCAGCUUGCCCGGUGUGGAUGCACACUCAGAGUAACAUCACAAACAUCAUAUUCACCUGAGUACAUAACACCAUGGAUAAUAAAAUAAAUUAUCCAUGAUAACACGCACGCACGCACGCACGCACGCACGCACGCACGCACACGCAAAUAUUAUUAUUGUAUUGAAUUAUUAUUUACCAUACAGGUUGAAAAACACUUUAGUAUAAAAUCUACUACUAUCAAUGUGUGUCCUGUGCAGCCAAAAAUAAUAUAAGUUCAUUAGUUAACAAAGCCAAAAAUUUAUAAAGGUGAUAAUAGUACAUAUUAGAACAAAACCUAUACACUCAUUAAAGUAUUGAUAUCAUUAUUUUGUGUAUGUUGGUGUUAUGCACUCAGGUGAAUAUGAUGUUUGUGAUGUUACUCUGAGUGUGCAUCCACACCGGGCAAGCUUGAAAAGUGGCGAACUUUUCAGCUUGCUGGGUGUGGAAGUACUUUCAGAGUAACAUCACAAACAUCGUAUUGAUAUCAUUUGAGGUAAAAAACUGUGGAAAUUGUCUUGCUUUUCACAUUGUAUUGUUUUGAUUGUCUUAGGUCAAGUUUGGAGAAAGGAUGGGAAUUAAUGUCAGUUUGUUUGGCAAUGUUUCCGCCCUCCGCCAAGUAUCACAGCUACUUGGAGGGAUAUGUGUACAGCCAUCUGAAAGAUAACCAGAGGCCUGUUCAUAAAAUACUAGAGCAGGAGAUUUCUGUAAGUAAAGACACGCUGAAUGCUAUGGAACAAAAAUCUUGCAGAUUUAUCACAUUGUUAAAAAAUCUGGUAAAAUUUUACUUUCCAUGUGUUUGCAAUAGACCUAUUCCCUAAUGAACAAAAUUUUGAACUAGACAAAGAUUUCAUCACAGCUUGAAAGAGCGUCACAAAAUUAGUAAUAUUCCGAAGUUUCGUUGCGAAAUGUUGUAAAAUGCGGAUAAUAUAGCCCUGCGAAGUUUGCCGUUUUUCAGUCAUUUUGUAUUACGCACGGGAAAUUGAUACUGCUUUCUGAAAAAAGGUAUCAAUUUCCCGCGCGUAAUACAAAAUGACUGACAAAUUAUCUAGACUUGUCUAGAUCAAAAGUUUGUUCAUUAGGGAAUAGGUUUAUUAAGAUUAAUAACGAAGCUAACAUCACAAUGAUGUGUUUGUUUUAGAAUCGUAUAGCCCAGUACGCAGAGAACUGUCAAUACAAACUGGAAAAAAUGGCUAAGACAGGCUCAAGGAAAGGACAGCGACAGCCUACAAUAGCGGAAGUUAAAGCCGCCAAGGUUGGUCACUAAGUCACUUACACUUUCCUCAAAUUCAUCCUAACACAUGUUUUAACCCAUUGCUCUAUCUGAAGCAUUGUGCUUAUCUUCAUAAAACGAAUACGUUUGUGAAUAGUAUGAAUUAUUUAUUAAGUUUAUUUAUAGUUUUCUGUCAAACUUUCCAUCAAGGGAAAAAGUGUUAAAACUGUGAAAUGGAUAAAUUUAUUUUCCAGCGAGCUAUAUUCAAUCCCUCGAUGUUUGGCAGUACACUUGAAGACACGAUGGAAAUGCAGAGAAUCAACUUUCCUGAUCUUAAACUACCGUGGAUACUGGGCUGUCUGACUGAACGAAUUAUUCAACAAAAUGGUACCGCGGUAGAAGGCAUAUUUCGGUACGUGGAGAAUGAUCACCAACAUCAUCAUCAUCCCCAGUAAUCAUCAUCACCAAUAAUCAUCAUCACCAAUAAUCAUCAUCACCAAUAAUAAUCAUCACCAAUAAUCAUCAACCAUCAUCAUCAACCAUUAUCAUCAACCAUUAUCAUCAACCAUCAUCAUCAACCAUCAUCAUCAACCAUCAUCAUCAACCACCAUCAUCAACCACCAUCAUCAACCAUUAUCAACCAUCAUCAUCACCCAUUAUCACCACCAAUCAUAAUAUUACAACAAGUUUCAUCACCAACCAUCAUCAUUACGACCAUCAACUGGUACCACCAUCAUCGUCAUGAACACUACAUUUAAUAGUAGGUCUAAAAAUCCUUUGUUACUUUCUGUAGUGUUCCUGGUGAUAUCGACGAAGUCAACGCUCUCAAAGUCAAAACUGACAGUUGGGCCUACCCCGACGAUUGCAACGACCCGAAUGUUGCAGCUUCACUUUUAAAACAAUGGUUCAGAGAUCUUAAAGAUCCACUGCUGGACGAAUCUGUUUAAUAUCCUUUUAAACUAAACUAACUUUACUUAUACUGGAUAGCUCUAUCAGUUCUAAACUGUUCCCCCUAGAGGUCCAG